GUUGCGGGGUUCGCCGCCGCGCCGACGCCACUUGCCAUUCUAUUCCGGCGAGGAGGAGGCCGAGGAGGGGAGGAUGGGGUCGGUGCUGCUGCCUACGCUGCGGCGGAAGCGGGAGGUGGACGCCGCCAUCCGCGACACGCUCGACAAGGUCCUCGUCCUCCGCUUCGGCCGCGCCGCCGACGCCGCCUGCCUCCACCUCGACGACAUCCUCGCUAAAUCUUCCUGGGACAUAUCCAAGUUCGCCACAGUAGCAUUGGUCGAUAUGGACUCCGAGGAGAUGCAAGUUUACAUUGACUAUUUUGAUAUCACGUUGGUUCCAGCUACCCUUUUUUUCUUCAAUGCCCAACACAUGAAGAUGGAUUCAGGGACACCUGAUCACACAAAAUGGAUUGGCUCUUUCAGCAGCAAACAAGAUUUCAUUGAUGUAGUUGAGGCAAUAUUUAGGGGUGCGAUGAAAGGCAAACUGAUAGUUUCUUGCCCGCUUCCACCAGAGAGAAUACCCAGAUUCCAGCUACUUUUCAAGGAUGUCUGAGCGAGGGAAGUGCAUAUCACAUGCAUGUAUGCAUAAAUAAUGUCUUGGUCAUGAUGACAGAGCUAUAUGAAGAUAUGUUCAGAAAGAUGAGUUUGUGAAGGUCUCGUCUCUCCAAUUGGUUUGUCUGAAAAACCUUUAUUUACACAGUAGGAUAUCACAUGCUGUGUUGAUAUGUACGAGGCACGGUAGCUUUUGUUAUCUACUGCGCUGCAUAGGAGGCAAACUGAAUUGAUCAAGAGAAGUGCCUGCCUGACAUGGUGGUGCAUAAUAAAUUUUUAGUAAUUAACACAAGUUAGAAAAAGCAUUUUGCAUGUAGUUUGCAUUGCACGCUUGCUUAGUACAGAGAAGGGUAUAAAAUAUAGUUGUUGGUUAAUUGUGAAGUGGUAAA